ACAUUUGCCUCGCAGCUCUUGGUGCUGUUUUUUUUUCCUCUACAGCAAGCUCUGGGGAAAAGGAAAAGAGAAAGAGCGGGGGGAGCAAACCAGCCGGAGCCACCCCGCCAGCUAGAUUCGCGGCCAGUAACACGCUGAGAGCUGAAGAGGGCGUUGCAGGAAAACACACAGAGGAGGUGACAGUCCAGACUCCUCCUUUUCUCACAAUGUUCAGGAGUGUAUUGUGGUGAACAUGGCAGAUGAAGAGGUUUUAAGACCCGGGUAGCUGCUGCUGCUGCUGUGACUGUUGCUUCCUCCUCCCGCUGCUGCUCCUAACCACUGCGCCACUUGUUGGCUGCCCUUCAGCUCCUUUUGUGGCCAUCAUUAGGAGGACGACGAUGUUGGCACACGGCAGUUGCAAAGGGAGGUAGUAGCGUUUGAAACGAGCAAGCGAUCGGGUGUAUUUUUUAUUUAUUAUUUGAGAGAGAGUGUGUGUGGCUGCUUGUGUAAUGCGGGCAAGACCGGGAAGCUUAAGAAUCCGGGGCUGGGUUUGUGUGUGAUGAUCCGGCAAUGGAGGGGCAGCGACGAGGAGCUGAAGAGGUUGCUGGUUUUGCCGAUGAGGCGGGGGGCACGGCAGGGGCCCGCCGCCAGGAGCAGAGUCGACCACUGUUGCAAGGAUCGGGUGCCACUCGCCCUGUGCGGCGGCGGCAAUAGCAGCAGCAGCAGCAGUUCUCAGCUGGGACUGGGCGCCCUUUGCAUUGCAACUCCGCAUUGCUCGUAUUAUUGCAGCUCCGCGUGAAAGGGAGGAGGAGAGCCAGCCAGGAGGAAGGGAAGGGGGGGCAUUGAGAGGGGAAGGGCAGAUCGCAGCAAGGCGGAUUGGAGGAGGAGGAGAAAAGGGGAGGGAGGCAGCUAGCAGCAGCAGCAGCAGUAGCAGCAGCAGCCAUGCUACCCGGGGUGGGUGUGUUCGGCACCAGCCUGACCGCCCGGGUCAUUAUCCCGCUGCUAAAGGACGAGGGCUUCGCAGUCAAGGCGCUUUGGGGGCGCACUCAGGAGGAGGCGGAGGAGCUGGCCAAGGAGAUGAGCGUCCCUUUCUACACCAGCCGGAUAGACGAGGUCUUGCUGCACCAGGAUGUGGAUCUGGUCUGCAUCAACCUGCCGCCACCUCUGACCAGGCAGAUCGCGGUCAAAACACUGGGGAUUGGGAAGAAUGUCAUUUGUGACAGAACAGCCACUCCACUGGAUGCCUUUAGGAUGAUGACUGCUGCCCACUAUUACCCCAAGCUCAUGAGCAUUAUGGGUAAUGUUCUUCGUUUCUUGCCUGCCUUCAUGAAGAUGAAGCAGCUGAUCCAAGAGGGCUAUGUCGGAGAGCUGCUUGUGUGUGAGGUACAAGUUCACAGUGGGAGCCUCCUGGGGAAGAAAUACAAUUGGAGCUGCGAUGACUUGAUGGGAGGCGGAGGGUUGCAUUCUGUUGGUACCUACAUCAUUGACCUCUUGACCUUCCUCACUAGCCAGAAGGCUGUGAAAGUACAUGGACUGCUUAAGACCUUUGUGAAACAGACAGACCACAUCAAGGGAAUCCGCCAAAUCACAAGUGAUGACUUCUGCACAUUUCAGAUGGUCUUGGAAGGUGGGGUGUGUUGCACUGUUACCCUCAACUUCAAUGUGCCUGGGGAAUUUAAACAAGAUAUUGUUGUCGUAGGUUCUAGUGGACGGCUGAUUGUUGUAGGUACCGAUUUGUAUGGACAGAACAAUAGCUCGCCACAAAAGGAGCUCCUUUUGAAGGAUUCCACACCCGUCAGCAAUGCUUUGCUGCCUGAAAAGGCCUUCAGUGAUAUCCCAUCCCCAUACCUCCGUGGAACUAUAAAGAUGGUACAGGCUGUCAGGCAAGCAUUUGAGGAUCAAGAUGACAGACGAACCUGGGAUGCGAGGCCACUCACGAUGGCUGCAACUUUUGAUGACUGUCUCUAUGCUUUGUGUGUGGUGGACACCAUUAAAAGAUCAAACCAACUGGGUGAAUGGCAGAACAUUGCAAUUAUGACUGAGGAACCAGAAUUAAGCCCUGCUUACUUGAUUAGUGAAGCAAUGCGCAGGAGCAGAAUGUCUCUGUACUGCUAGCUUUUUGUCACAUCUCAGAAAAGAAGAAGUGGAUCAGUGCAUUUUUUUCCUGACAGGAAAAAAAAUGCCAUGCAUCUCAGGCCUCAGACAAGGAAGACAAUAUAGGGAAUAAUUUGUUAUUUAAACCACAUUGCCUAGUUGGUGCUGAAAUAUUAGAUGCAUUUGAUAUGCUUGGUUGGGUAGUUGUUCUAGACCCUGUUAAAGAGAAACCUGCAUUAACUGUUUACAAAAUAGCAUUAUAGGAAGGUAAGACAGCAUCCAUUUACAACCUACAGGUGCAUAGCUGAUUCAGUUGCAUUUACUGUGAAAAAGGUUCAGGAAGGUCCAAUUAGCAGACUGCAAAGAUGGUUACAUAUCAGAAAGCACCUUGCAGAAAACAAAAUGGCUGGCUUCUGACAUGAACACUGCCUUGCAGGGCUUUCUGCUAAUAGCAUGUUAAUUGAUUACUGUGUCAUUCAGCAACCCAUGCACCUAUAUCAGUUUAAUAGGCAGAAUAAGAACACUUGGUAUGAAUGUGUCAUGUGAUCUGGAAAAUUUUGGCAGCUUGAUUUUCAUAGUUAAUAUGAACGCUUUAUGUUGUGUUUAGACUUUUUUUCCUUUCAAGGUAACAUAAAUAGAAACAUGUAUGUAUUUUAAAAUACACAACAAUCCAAAAUGGUAGGGUGUUUCACAUAGGGUCCCAGAAGUUCAUGCUAGGCUCCAAUACUAAGCACAACAAUCUGUAGAGAAUGAAGGCAUGUGCAAAUAUAUAUAUAUAUUCCAGAGGGAUAACCAUAUUAGUCUGUCAUAGCAAAACCAACAAUGAGUCCUCUGUUAUUUGAAAGACUAACACAUUUAGUGUAGUGGCAUAAGUGUUCAAGGACUGGAGCUUAUUUCUUUAGAUGCAUGAAGUAGUCCAUCUCAUAAAGUGGAUAUGGUCUACAAAAACUUAAUAGUUUUUAAGGUGCCAUAGGACUCUUUGAUUUGAGGGUUUGUCUUUAGGGCCUACCAUAGGGCAAGAUUCAAAAAGCAUAGGUUUCAACAAAACUUCAACAAAAUCAGAAAAAAAAUCAAUUUCUUAACAGAAUACAACUACAAAAAGACAGAGUUACGGUAAAAUACUCAACUGAGAGUUUACAAACAUGAAAAUACAAUUUUAAUACUCCAUUUAAGAUAAAAUAUAUACACUACAAAUAAAUAUUAAGAAAUGCACUCCUAUAUUCAGUACUUAAAAUUAGCUAGAUAUGUCAGAAAGUCUGGUAAAAUGAGCUACUAUUGUUUAUUUGUUCUCCUGUUGCCUGAACAGCUACUAGAUUUUUUUUUCAAAAUUUGCACAUCAUUGCUGAGAUAGCAUGGAAGCUUGCAUGGAAAAAUCUAACUGGGGGCUUUUCUGCUAGAAAAGUGGAAUGAGUUUACUUUUCCCUUUGGUAUCUACCAGAUUUUAAAAGUAUUCAGUCCACUUCACAUUCUCUGUAGCUAGUUAAUACAUUAUUUUAGUACCUUCUUGCAUCAUUGCAUUCCAGUGAUUUUUUUUAUCAAUGCCUUGAUAUAGACUCCUGUUGCUUCUUCCUCCUUCAAAGCCCAAAGAGGCUGCUCACAUUUGGAGCAGUUGGUGAACGACUGUAAGAUGGAAGAAUGGGAGGGAUGGCAGCACUCCUGUUAGUUAUCCUGGCCAGCCAUCCCAUUCCACCAAUUCUCAUAUGGAGCAGCAUGAUGCAGACAGCUGUAAGUAAGUUCUCUGCAUGACAGAUUUCUGCUAGGCAGAUGGAUGGCACUGGGUGUGUCAGAUCAUGGAAGGGAGAAUAAGUUCAGAAUGGGUGGGAGCACAUUCAAGAAAUCCAAGAACUGAAACACUGCUGUAGAGUUUGAAUCUUGUUCUGUAUGAUUUGACUGCAUGGAUAAUCAAUAGCUCUCAAUUUGUAUUGCUGUGGUGUUAUACACCACCUCUUGAAAAGCACUUGAAUGACUAAUGCAUUAACUAUAUGAGUUAUACUAUGGAUGCUGUAGACUCUUCAGUUUGUUUUUAAUUGCCAUCAAUCUUACUUGUGUCAUCUUACCAUUUUGUCCCGUUGUGGGAAGGUCUAAUCUCUUUGUUUUCCUGCCAUUCUCUUAUGCUCAUCAGCCAGGUGAUAAAAAACAAAGGAAAAAUGGUACCCAGUUCUGUAAAUCCUCAUGUGUAGAAUUAGCAUACCAUCAUCUCCUAGUGAUUGCCCGAAACUCUCUACAUUAUCUGGUUCUUGAAUGAUGCCUUGUUUUCCCUUUUGUUUUUUAAGCUUAAAAAAACCCCAAGUGUACAUUUACUGUUGUAUUUUAUUUAUGUAUUUAUUGUGUUUUAAAUAUAUAUGUAUGUAUGUGUGCAUAUAUAUAAAUGAGAGAGAGAGAGAGAGAUAAGAAGCAAACUAGAUAUAUAUAAAAUGUCAGUGCAUGGGCAUUUUAUGUACAGUAGAUAUUUUUUAAAAGUUAUUUAUCAAGCAAAAAGUGUGUGAUAAAAACAGAAUCUAUAUUUUAUAUAUCUAUACUGUAGAUAGCAAAAUGAAACAACAUUUAAAUUAUAGCAAGAUGAUAUGGGGGUAUUUUUAAAAGAAAAGGGGAAGGGCUGUGAUGGGUUCUAGCAUUUUGACCAGCCCAGCUACUUUUAAAGGAAAGUUGCCUUCUGUGGCUCUCCGCUGCAGCAAAAUCCAUCCUGCUUCCUGAAAAUACAAUGCUCAUUUAUUACUUUUCCAUUGCUUGGGGAAUGUAGUUAGUUCUAGUCAGCCAUGAGCAUAUAUGUGCUCCUUAAAACACGUUUUCCUGCUGUUCUUAUACGUUUGCAUUGUCGGAAUAAAAAGAACCUAAACAGUGAAUAAAGGCACAAAAGAAGAUAGGAUUCCAAGUGUCAGACAUUUUUCGGUUGUUUUCUUCCUGCAGUGAAAUAGCUUUGCAUUUUUUUCUGCCAUCUAUCAUGACUGCUAGAUGUACUUGAAUGAAACCUCCAAUAUCCCUGCUUCUGAAAAUUGGUUUUUGGGAAGAGGGGGAAACAGAAAUAAAAAGAAAAGGGUUUCAGCUGGUUGCCUCCCGAAACACGUUGUAAAAUAUAAGGUAACUUUUUUGUUUUGCUUUCUUCACCUGCUCUGUGUGGAACAAAGUCAUGUCAGGAGCUGAUGUGGGAUAAUAGAUGAAUCCUAGAGAUGGCCAUUUUGAGGUGGAGACUGAUGCUGUAACACUGUAACAUGGCUUUUCUUAUUUGAUUAGGGAAAGUUUAAUCCCAGUCUUGCCACAUCGGUGAUAUAGCAAUCCAAUGAGCAUCAUGCAUAUCUUCAUCACCAUCAUCAUCAACACACACACACGAUACUCAGCAGUAGCUUCUCCACAUUAUCUCCUCAAAACAGAACAAAACACCACAAAAUAUUUUGCCUGUGCCAUCAGAAUGUUUACUGAACUAAAGCUUGAGCUCUUAUUGUAAAGGGAGACAAUGAUACUGUUUUUUUACUUUAUCGAGAACUCAACUAGAGUUUCCAUUCAUUGACUUGGAACUAACUUUGCCAGGUGUGUGCCUUAUUUUAAAGAACUGCCACUUUGCCAGGACAUUAGAGUCUCAGAAUGUUCUAGAUUGCUUCUUAUUUUGACACUGACAUAGAACAUAGAUUCCCUUAUUUCAGAUACUGUGUUAUUUUGGAAAUUCUGAUCUCAUAACAAUCAUGCCAAUCUGCCAUAUUAUAAUGACACCAUGUGAUUGACAGGUGGGCAAGACCACCCAUCUGUCAUAUUUGGCCUGUAGUUGCCACAAAGGAUCCCUUAUGGAGAGAAAAACAGAGACAGGGUUUCUGAGGGAAAGAGGUGUUUUUAUAUCUACAGUUUAAUUCAAUGACUCACAAGUGCCUGACAUUAAUCAGAUAUUUUAGCACACUGGGGAGGAGAGCCUGGCUGGGAGUCCAGAGUCUGUGAGUUCAAAUCCCCACUCAUAUCUCCUGGGUGUAAAGGGCCAGCUAAAUAUCACCCCCACAGUGAGUGGCUCAGGGCUACAUGGCCUGCCACCUGUGCAGCUGUGGGCAAGCUGCAUAUUCCCAAGGAGUCCACUUGCCCUGGGGAAACAAAAACAAGUGGUUUAGAUGCAAUUGGCUUGAUAGAAUACAAUUACAGUAUAGAUUAAGUAACGUAGCCAGUAAAUAUUGACACAACUGAAUUUCAAAAUAGUUGGAAUAAGGUUAUCAAAGUGUAAAGGGGUGUGUAGCUCUUUUUUAUGAAAGACUUUUGAGCAGUUGCCGAAGGGAUUACAAACAAGCCAGGAAAAAAAAAACCUUGCCUGCUCAUGUGUCUUUAACACCAGCACAACAUGCACAAAGCAGAACCUUUUCAUAAUGUGGAGAUAAACUGCUAAUAUCAAGCUGUCAGGGGGAGAGGAAGCAGCACUCACUUGUUUCCUGACAUCCACACCAUACUUUUAAAGCACAUCUAAAGCAUGUGGCUUCCCCCAAAGAAUCCUGGAAACUACAGUUUAUUAAAGGUGCUGGGAACUGUAGUUCUGCAGUGGGGAAACUAAAGUUCCCAGGAUUCUUUUAAAUGCAUAGUGUGGAUGUGACCCAAGCCUCUAUAUGUAGCUGUGAUAUGAAAGGCCCUCUCCUUCCAGCUAUCAACUAUAAUUGCUGAGGUGAUCAGAUGAUGAGAAAAUAGCAUCCCCUCCAUUGGGCCCAGAUCCAACUCCAGGACCUCCUGAAUUCCUACUUCACAUGUAGAUGUGAAGGAAAAUGAAGCCAGUCUGUACCAUACCAAAGGUUCAACCCAGCUGAUCUGGGAAACUGUAAAAGUGAAGGGAGCUCUGUGUAGGUCAACAGCAUGGAACAUGUGUUGGGGCAACAUGUGGCAAUUUUCUCUUCUACUAUUCUUAUUGAUGAUAUUUUAUCUUAAUAUUAUUUAGUUCCAUGUUGUAAACUGCC